GUGAGAAAGGAGAAGACAGAAGAGGAGUUGAGCUUUGUUUCAUCCGCGCUUCAGAAAGGAGGUUCGCGAGUUGCUCUUUUCUGCUUUUUGGACUCAAACCUCUUCACUGAGAUACCUCCCCCCCACCCUUGUCUUCAAUCCAUCUGAUUUAUUUAUCUCGUGGCUGUCUGGGUUUUGGACUGGACCAUGGAGCGGGAAUAAACACGCCAAUAUGUUGCAUCCCUGAGGUAGACGUCCCCAUGGGUGAGGCCCGCUGAUCCAAACACCCCGACACGCCCCCCUUUAGUCCCUCCCACCUGCCCUCCCCUGUCACCUCUGAACGAUGCCUCCCCCCUUGACUCAAGCCGUCAUGACUUCCACCAGCAAGCUGCUGGGUUUGGUGGAGGUGGGGCUGAAGUGCGACCAGGAGAUCGAGAGGAGGUACGAGAUUGUGCCCUCGGUGGUCUGCUCCAUGUGCUGCCUCUUUGGAAUCAUCUACUGCUUCUUUGGCUACCGAUGCUUCAAGGCGGUGCUGUUCCUCACUGGCCUGAUGUUCGGCUCCGUGGUCAUCUUCAUGCUGUGCUACAAGGAGCGGGUGAUGGACACUCAGCUGAGCGUGGAGGCCUCGGUCGGCAUCGGCCUGGGCAUCGGGACCCUGUGCGGCCUGGUGACCAUGCUGGUCCGCAGCGUGGGGCUGUUCAUGGUGGGCCUGCUGCUGGGCCUGCUGCUCGGAGUGGCCUCGCUGGUGGUCAUGGAGGAGUUCUAUCACCCCAAAACAGUGUGGGUUCCCCUGGGCAUCCUCCUGGGCUCCGGGACACUGUUCGCCGUCCUCACACUUCAGUGGCAGUGCUGCUUCGUCACCCUCUCCACCGCCACGUUUGGCUCCGCCAUCAUCACUGUCACCGUGGAUUACUUCAUAGAGCUGUUCGCCUUGGUCCACUACGUCUACGAGAGACUCAGGGUGGCGCCAAAGAAGCCAGUGUGCUGGUUUACGUGGGUCAUCUUGGGGGUGUGGCCUGUCCUGGCCCUCCUCGGAGUGCUGAUCCAAUGGAAAGUCACUGCAGAGGGAUUUUCUCACACAGAGGUGGUUCUGAGUCGUCAGCAGCGAAGGGUCCAGCUCAUGCGUAUCCGACAGCGUGAAGAGAAGCUGAAAAAGGAGCGGGAGAACAAGAAGAAGAAGAAACGACAGACCCCGAAAACCGGCCACAAGCAGAAGGCCCAGACCCAUCACCACCACCACCACCACCACCAGCAGUAUCACCACCCAGCCGCGUCCCACCCGCAUCACCAAACCCAGGGCUCCCAGAGCUCCCAGAGCACCCAGCCACCUAAACUCCCUCCUCCGCAGACUGAGCCUGGCUACCACCGCAAGGUCAACCCUAAAAGACGCUUCGAUGGAGACGUGCUGUCACCGAGCUACAUCAGGAGUUUCAGGGACAGGCAGACGGACAGACGCGUGUACUCCAACAGUCGCAUGAUGAGCCGCUCCCGGAUGGCCGAACUCGACUACGACUGCGGCUCUCAAGUGCCCCUCACGGCCCCCAGCUGCCCCCCGGUUCGCAUCUGAGGCGGCGAAAUGCAUAAAUCCACUCAAACGGUCGCACAAGCACAACAAGGCUGCUGGAAAACACUGUUUCACAGUUUGGGAUAGGAAACCUGACCUCACCGUGCCAACCUAAUGAACUGCCUAUCCCAACAGGAUGAGUUCCUGAGAUGGCUGGAUUGAGUUCCACACUGGUUUGCUCCUCUCAGACCUGGUAAAGACAAACAGAGGCUGGGCUGAUUGCUGUUGAAGGCCUUGUAGUCAAAUCUCUGGCAUCACGAGUUAUUACAAGCUGUAUCUGACUCUUUUGUUACUGUGAUUAUUUGGAGGACAAAAGCUGUGGAGAACUGUCCCUUGAACGUUCUAUUAAACAAUUUUGGGUUGCUUCGAGCAAUAAGAAGUCAAAAUCGAUUGGGAUCAAAUAAAAAACCUUAAAAUGCUAAUGUCUCCAUUUGCGCGGUUGUGCCAUUUAAGAUGAAUCUGUCGUUUGGCAUUUAAAGAAUCAAGGUAAGAAAGGAUUUCAGAGCUCUCAGAAAAAAACACUAAAACAACAGAAACACAGAUAAUACUAAAACAGAGAGGCAGCUCUUCAUUAUUUGCUCCAAUGAAAGGUCAAACACGGUUUUCAUGAGCCUGUUAUCUUCACUGACAGUCUGUGAAUCCAGACUCAGCAGCAAAAGUCUUGCUUCAAAAUGCAGAAACAAAGACGUUUUUUUUUAUGCCGUUUCUCCCACGCUCCGUUUUCCAAGGAGAACGUGCUUCAUCUCGGCGCUUUCCUCGUGCCCUCAGUUGCCACCUGGACGUGUAUAACUCUGUUUGUUGACAUGUCUCCAAGUGCUCUCCUGUCCCCAUGAUUCCCCAAAACAAUCUGCAUUUACAGAUCUGUUUUAAAUGCUGUUAAAAAAACAUUAAGAGUUGUCUGAUACAUGGUCGUCCAGGAAACUAACCGUGGAUGUGAAAGGGGCCGAAACACGACAGUGAAAAUGUUAAAUAUAGUGUGUUUUGUGAGUGUGGACACAUGAGCCCUGUGGCAAGUGAUGGCUUGUACCAAAUAUCAGCCAGGGACAGGGGUGGGGGGUUCA